CAGCAGCAGCGGCGGCGGCGGCGGUGGUCGGUGACGGCGUGCGACCACGACAAACCUCCAUCUCGUCCUCGACACACCCUCGCUCUCUCCUUUAGCCGGCCGUCAGUCGACAAACUACUCGUCCUUUGUCACAGACAACAACAACCACCUCUACUACUACUACUGCAACGACAACCACAACGACAAGGUGCACCAGCAACACCUCCCCUCGGCCACACUGCAUAUCCCUCUCUCUCCACCGGCCAAUCCUUGACACCCUCUCCCCCACACCAACUACAUGCUCGCCGCUCGUCUCUCACACCAUCGUCUCUGAGCUAGCGGCUCCCUUCCCCCUUCCUCGACACCCUCAUUGCCAGCCCGCGGACAAGCCACAAGCAUGGCGAGGCCGCGGGAAGGCGGCGAACAUGAAGCCGCUGCUUCGGCUUCAGAGGUCAGCUACGAGGUCGUCGGUUCCCGUGAAUACCGAGGCCAUCGACGGAGGGCUUCGUCCAUCACGACGAGCCCACCGCCUCCGCCUCACGAUUUCAACCCUCCCCCAGAUUUCCACGCCGAGUCGCUGCUGCAGGGCAUUACAACUUCGUUGCCAUCGAGCUCGACGGCGUCACCGUUGCUGGCUGCUCUUGCUUCAGCGGAUGCCGAUGACGUGCCCCGCAUCGAGGGUCUGCCGACCAGCUUGUUGAGCCCAGGAGCGUGUUCGGGGGACAUUGGCGGCAACGCUCGACCACAGAUCCGCGCGCUCCAGCGAUUGUCAACCGAGUCUUUGCAUCGUGCCUCGAUUAGCUCUGGGUCGGCCGGGUCUGGAGGGUCAACAGUUCGAGACAGUGGUGGUUCUGAUGGGGGCGAGAUCCUCGCCGCCCGAAGGGACGAGCUCGUCUCCCAACUGCUUGUUCACUCCGACACCAAUGACAGUGCCGACUCGAGCAGGCGACCAUCGACCACAGGCUCGUCAAGCUCGUCUCCUCAAGAUGGUCCUUUCGAGCUGAACGUCAUCAAUCCAACGCCACCGACGUCGAUGUUGAGCCUCAGGGAUGAGGCUUUCGGUGACAACGUGCACGAGGGCGGCGGUGGUGGUGGUGGUGGUGUCACGCGGCCGAGAUCGUCGUCGUCGUCGAGCAGAAGUGUCGAGGAUGGAUCGGCCACUGUUCAUGCCUGGGACAGUGUUUGGCCAGUGGCGAACGCCAUGCACCGAGUUGCCUUUCCGCCAGAAUCUGGGGCUGGAGAUGGCUCUGUCCGCUUUCCUACGGCGCCCGUGUCUCCCUACGUCACACCGUCCUUUACACCGACAGCCAUUGCAUCCGCCGCACAGGGCUUGACAACUUCACGUCGCCUCUCCUUCUCACCCCCACGCCCAACGUCACCGUCGUUACAUAGUCCACAUGCACGAGCCACGCCAGAUCCAACACAAACAUCACCCCAACCUCAACUCCAUCGGCCCGAGUCGCACGACUUGUGGCGCCGCGACGCCGCCGCCGCCUCCGCCUCCGCCUCCGCCUCGGAGCGCCUUCAAUCAAAUACAAACCCAGCAGGCACUGGUCGUCUUUUGUCCCAAGUACGAAGCCUUCCAGCAUCCGGCACCUCCACUCCGCUGGCCAGCGGAGGAGCCGCCACCACCUCCGCCUCGGAAGCAGAGCUUGCUAGGAGUCCGUCGCACGCUUCCCCGCCCCCUCUGCCUUCGCGUUUGUCACUGCUCAGCCUUGAAUCAUCCUCAGUGACACAACUACCCACAGGCGGUGCAAGCGGCAUCAUUCGGGCAAGGUCUGCGGUUCCCGGGUCUCCGUCAUUGUCCGCCGUCCCAAGUCCUUCAGGUCGCGUCCCCGCCUUGGGCACCUCGCCGCCUAUUUCAUGGAUCCUCGGCAGUCCCAACCGACCACGCGGCGACAGCAGCGGGUUGUCCGACCAAUUCACCGACGCCUCUACCGCACCCAUACCAGUCACGGCCCGUCGCGAUUCGCACAGAUCGUUUACGCCGCCACUUCAACCUGGGUCGAACCCAAGGCGAAGAUUAUCGGAGACGGCAAUUCUUCGGCGUCCUCAGGGCCUGGCCCCUCUUGAGAGCCUCCAGCCUCCACCAUCUCCAAUCCAGCUCCCGCCCGAAAGACAGUCACCAGUGGCAGAGCAGCCACAACUGGAUUCUGCGCCACCGCAAGACGUGGACCGUGAGGACAACACCACGAGCCUCUCGCCAGCCGCCCCUGUUCGUCCGGGGGCCCCACGACGUGCGCGGUCGGAACAGGACGCAAGGGGGUUCAUGCCGGGUGGUCAGAUGUUCACCAUCUCCCCAAUUGACAAGUCUCUUAAACGUUCUUCGCCUUCCAGCACAGCGGCCCAGCUAUUGACCGAGCUUGACUCUCGUCCCGAUCCCAGAUUCUACCGCAAGUCGCCCCGCCGGUCAGCGGGAGAGCUGCCUACACUGUCGGCGCAUGACCUGCCGCUUGACACGCGCAUGGACUCUGCAUAUGAGGCGGUGUUCGAAAUGGACGAGUAUGCGGUUGACGAUGAGAAUGACUCGGACGAUAAUGACGUUGGGUUGCCUCCGAAGCUUCAACUCCCACAGGAACCAACCCAACCACCCUUUGGUCUGUCACCACCGGGUGACCUCGAGGCGACGUCUGCGAGACUUGCCGCCGCCCAGUCACAUCCCUCGACCUCAGUGGCGGCGGCACUUGUCGACGAGGGAGAUGUCCUCCCAGCCAACGGCAGCCAGAUUGCAGAGAUGGACGUUACAUUUGACGACGAAGGCCUCAACACUCUGGAACGCAUCUUCCUGCUCAGCCGAAGCGAGUACGCCUUCCAUCGUGCAUACGUUGCACGUGUCCUUGGCGACCUUUUGAGCGACGUCGAUCCGUGCGAGUCGGUUGAGUAUGUCCUCCCUCUCAUCUCGAGCUUCUCGCUCGACGAGGAUGACUCGGUCAAGGAGGCCUUUGCUGUGGACCUACACCGGAUAUUGUGGUAUUUCUUCUCGACGUGCCAUUUGGUCAAAUCUGAGGAUGACUAUGGCGAGGAUGCGUGGCAUCGUCAUGAAGCCGACUUGGACGAUCCACCUGCUCCGUCUCACUCGGACGUACCGUUGUCCGGAAGUGAGUCCACCCCACCUACCGAAGUCGUUGAAGGGCGCCACGAGAAGAGCGCCACCCCAACACAGCCGAUGGACGUUCCACGGCCUGCGGGAGACUCGUUAGACCCAGCAUUCCAAGAUGCUCUGCGCGACACUGCCAUUGCUCCUGGUUCUGGGUCUGCUUCCACACGCUAUGGCACCUCGUCCACGUACUCCACUGAGCCGCCAGGUGUCCAAACGCCCGCCACGUCCCUUUCGCUUCUGUCAUCGGACGACAAUUGUGGGGGCCUCCCACUCGACGUUCUCGACGCCCCCACGAGCCCUUCGCCCUCUGGAGACGCAGAGGUCUUUGACAAACCCGUUCUGGCUGUCGAUUUCUUCCGACCGCUACUCGGAACACUACUGCUCAGUCAAAACCCUGCCGUUGCAGACCCAGUUCGCAAUGGGAUUGUCUCGAUCAUCUCGCGGUUGAGUGGGUCCAGCCCACUAUCCGUGGAGACAUGGGGUGCCAACUGCAACCAGCCUGAGCGAACGGAGCGUCGGACAUAUCUGUCGCAAAACGGCCCGCACGCCCACGAUUUCCAGCCCUUUGACCCUGAAGCAAUGGCGCUCGUCGAGCAUGAGCUGCUCUACGGCAUUGUCCUUGGCGUUGGCACGCUGGCGACCGACGUCCCAGACUCAUUCUUUGACAACUCGGCGGAAGACACGGUUAUCCUGGAAGACGGCACCGAGGUCAGCUACAACACUCGGGACCGCGAAUACUUCCGACAGCAAAUGCUGCACGAGGCGACUCUGGGACGCGCACUUUCAUUGUCGUUUAUCGGAUCCGUCUGCGAGUUUUACACCCCUGAAAAUGUGGUGGCGUAUGGCUUUGUUGACGAGGUGAUCCGCGGCCUGGACGGCGACGCCACCACUCGUGCAGAGGCGGCCUUGACCAUGUCCUAUGUUGCCAAAGUCGUGCCUCCCGAGGACAUUGAUCGACUGCUGCCCGUGUUCAACGCCUUUGCGCGAGAUGAGGAUCAGCAGGUCCGACAAUCGGCGUGUGUGUGCAUGCCAGCUCUGUGCAAGCGGAUCCAGGACACGGCAGCCCGGCGGGAAUUUGCAACCUCGACCAUCACUGUGUUUAUGGAAUCAAGUGACGAGGUGAGGUCGGCGGCGCUCGAAGUCCUCGGUGAGGUCAUCUACGCGUUCUCGGACGACCCUCUCGGCCCGCCACCCCGACUGCUCGAAGUGUACCUCGAUGACCGCGAAGCUACAGGCGAGGAUAGUGGCUGGGAUAUGCUCGCAAGUUACAACUUCCCUGGAGUGUGCUUGACGCUUGGACCCGACCGCUGGCCAGAGCUUCGUGGCUUGUUCCUUCGCCUCGUGUCUCGCGCCGGCGACCGCGUGCUCCGCACUGUGGCCGCAUUCCUCCACGAACUCGCACAGAUCCUCCGGCCAAGCCAGGUAGCAGAGGACAUCUUGCCAGUGUAUCGGCGCUGCCUGCAGUGCUGCGACGAGAUCCGGGAGCGGAUCUUUGAGCACGUGGAUCUCAUCCUCAAGCACGUCGAACCUGACAUUGGGUGGCAGUCGUUUAGCGACCUUGUCGAUGCGUGGUCAAACGAUACGCUCGGUGGCUGGCGCGCGCGCGAGCAGCUCGCGUUGCACUUCCCUGCAUUCUUCGAGACCUUCAACAGCCGCGACCAGGUGGCGGUCGUACUCGACAUGAUGCGAAAGGCACUGCGUGAUCCUUUCGCGGCUGUGCGUGACGCGGCUACGUUUGCCGUGCCACUGUCGUACGAGACCCUUCGAAGCGACGCUGCGGAGCACGGCUCUGCAACCAAGUUCCACGACAUGUUAUUGGACCUCGCGUUCAGCGAUCGAUUCCGGCACCGCGUAACCUUUGUGCGCUGCCUCCGCGAGUUUGAGCGGCCGCCGCCAAACAAGCCAGCGUUUGAAAAGUUUUUCAUUCCAGCGCUGCCACGCCUCUGCCAGGACGUUGUCGACGUCCGAUUGGGUUUGGCGCAGUGUGUGUCUGACCUGUUUGUCCUCGGGGCUUUCUAUGGCGACCGCAAGGUGCCCGUCCCCGAUAUUGUUCGGCAGCUCGCCGCUCAGCUUGCCGAGGACGACUCGGCCGACGUGCGCGACACGAUUACGCGCGUCGGUGCCGACAAGUGGAUCUCAGAAGCGUCGGCCCCAGCAGCAAUGGAGCGGGCCAUCACCGAGGACCCGGAGGGGGUGUCGCCUGCUGUCCACGAAGCGCUACGUGAGCGACGCGAAGCGAGCGAGUUGUACGAAGAAAAGGAGUCUGGGGGAGGAGAUCGCCAUACGCGUGCCUCUCUCGCUUCGCCGACGCUCGACCAGCAGGGUGACUGGACGACACUUCGGUCGCCCGACGACGAAGAGCUCGGCGAGCUGGACAGAUCACAGACGAUCACCAAGGAUCCAUUCGCCGCGUCGUUUGGGCGUGCCACAAAGGAAUAGUAUCCAACAACCCUCCUCCCCCCCCCCAUCCACAUCAUCUUGACCCCUCACCUCACACUACACUACUACAAUCAACCCCCCCACGCAUACAAGAUACCAAUCUUGGACAUACCUAGUUUGUGUCGCUGGUGGUCAGCCGCCCGCGGGCGCCACCAACCCCCCUGUAUCCCUCUGAUUUCCGUCUCGUCUGUGAUUCCGGGUGAUGCGCAGUAGGCCGCCCGGGAUCCACCUGUUUCGCAUAGCGCAUAGCACGCAACUACACGAUGGGAGGCAUUAUGCACUGCUGAGUGUGGAGUUGGGUGCAGGGGUUGUGGUGUGUG